GUAAAAAAUACGUUUUUUUACAAGUUUUAAUAUACUUUGGUUUAAAACAAUUCCGUUCUGUUUUCAAAGUCCAAAACUGAAACAAAAUAAAAAACUAUUUGGUUCGAUUUUUAUUUUUUCGGUUCCACUUAUUUUUUGUCAAAAUUUGUUCAAUUUUGAUUGGUUUUAACAAUUGAAGGGGGUGGGGCAGGCUUCUUGAACCUAAGAAUUUGCUUGAAACGUAUUAUCCCUCUGAUCCUUUUCUUUUUCCUAAAUCAAUUCUCUCCGAUUGGAGCUCAACUAAACGCAGUUGAGAUGGAGCCGGAAGUUAUGGAAGCAGAGAUAGUGCUACCGAAUCGAAUGAAGUUCAAGAGAAUUCAAAUGGCGGAUAAGUACCCCAAAGGCCAAGCCAGAGGCAGGCACUGGAAACAUCUCAAGCAGAUUCUUCAAGCCGAAAAUUACCAAAAUUGCGCUCCUAAUGAACCGACUUAUGUCAGUAUUGAAUCUCCUCCUCCAAUGCAUCCUUGCAAAAAGAUAUGUGAUAUAACAGGAUUUGAGGCUCCUUAUUAUGAUCCCAGGACCAAUCUCCGCUAUGCUAAUACAGAAGUGUUCAAGAUGAUAAGAGCACUCCCCAAUGACUAUGUUCAGAGGUAUCUCGCUCUUAGAAAUGCUGCUGUAGUCUUGAGGUAGUUUUUACCAAUCACAUGACAUUAUUAUCUGCAUUGAUUCACAAACUGUCUUGUGGAAAAACUUCAUCUCUGUGUAUAGUUUAGAUUAUUCGAAUAUCCACUAUCUAUAUAGCUUUAAUUAAUGAGUAGAUUAUUAGAUGUAUUAAUGAUGGAAACUGUCUAUGCGAAAAAAAAUCUUGUUGUCAUAA